AUGGUAAUACUUCAACUAAUAUUAGUUGAUGAUGAACUGAUUCGUAACUUUUUGGCUGGUAAUAAUGGUGGCAAUAAUGGAGCUGGAGGUAGUGGUGGUAACGGAAGACAUGGUGGUGGUAAUAAUGGAGCCGGAAGUGGUAGAGGUAAUGGAAGACAUGGUGGUGGCAAUAAUGGAGCUGGAAGUGGUAGGGGUAAUGGAAGACAUGGUGGUGGCAAUAAUGGAGCUGGAAGUGGUAGAGGUAAUGGGAGAGGUGGUGGUAGUGGGCAUGGAGGCAAUGGCAGAGGAAUCAAUGGAACCGGUAUCAAUUUAGGAGGAGGUGGAAGACAUGGAAGUGGAGGUGGAAGGCAUGGAAGUGGAGGUGGGAUACAUGGCGGUGGAGGUGGAAGGCAUGGAAGUGGAGGUGGGAGACAUGGUGGUGGAAGUGGGAGAGGUGGUAGUGGAAUGGGAGAGGUGGUAGUGGAAGUGGGAGAGGUGGGAGACAUGGUAAUGGAAGUGGGAGAGGUGGUAGUGGAAGUGGGAGAGGUGGAAGACAUGGUGGUGGUGGUGGAAUACAUGGUGGUGGAAGUGGCAACGGAAGAUCCGGUAGUGGAAGUGGUAACGCAAGUGCCAGUUGAGACAAAAGGUAAGGAUCAGGAAGGUCACAUGGUAAACAAGGACCUGCUUCAACCUUUUAAAUAA